AUGUUCGCAUUCAUUGCCCUACCCGUCGCCCUCGCCGCUGGCUCCUUCGCCAUGCCCGCCGCUCUGUCGGCUCGCCAGGACCCCUGCACUGCCUUGGGUGCCGGUGCUGCGAGCACCUUGAGCUACAACUUCCAGCUGGAGGUUGUCGACCCCUCUGCGGCUGAGGGCGCCACUGGCACUGUGCUCGCCCUCGUCAACGGCGACUCGACUACUGGUAACUGGUGGCUCAAGGAGAUCCACCAGAACAGCACUGGUGACUUCUCCAGCUGGACGCUCAACGGCGGUGCGCUCAUCCCGACGCCGAGCUCCUCCAACGCCGACACGGUCGGAAGCGACAUGGCUGUCAACGCUGGCGACGCCCUCGAGUUCGCGGUGACCACCAAGGGUGCAGCCAACGCUGCGGCGGGUCAGACGCCUUACUGCGCUGUGUCCAAUGCGGAUGGCCAUGCCACGCUUACUGUCAACAGUGUUUCCGACGAGUUCUUCGUCUGUCAGGCGUCCACCUCGGAGUACGUGCUGGCGUUCAGCCCGUCUGCCUCCAGCAGCGUGUACGACUACAGCACCUGCACCAAGCAGCUCGUGCACCUCGUCCCGGCCUAA